AUGGCACAACAAAGAUCAAUUGGACAUUAUAUGAAAGAACCAUCAAUUUCAAUAAGCAAUUCAUUUGAUUUAUCAAAAAUUACAAAAAAAGAUUUAUGGGGUGGUGGAUUUAUAUUACAUAAUGCAUUAAGUGAAGAGGAAUGUAAAUAUUUUAUAGAGGAAGCAGAAAAGAUUGGUUGGGAAAGUUUACAUUGGCAACGUGGUGAAAAGAAUGAUUUUCGAAUUAAUGAUAGAAUUAUGGUAAUGAGUGAAGAUAUUGCAAGGUUUGCUUGGGAAAGAGUUGAAAACUUUUUGAACGAUAAUGGAUUAGACAUAACUACAACAGUUAAACCAGGUGACGGUCUAUAUAAAAUUGGUUCACCGAGUGGUGUUUGGAAACCUAUUGGCUUAAAUCCAAAGUUUAGAAUGUGUAAAUAUUAUAAAGGUGGUUUAUUCAAGAAACAUUAUGAUGGCUCCUAUGUUCAAAGUUCAACAAAGAGAUCAUUGUAUACAUUUAUGUUUUAUUUAAAUCAAGAUUAUACAGGUGGUGCAACAAACUUUUUAGAUGAUCAAAGUUUAAAGAGCAUUUCAUCAGUUUUACAUUUCAAAGAUACCAAUACAGGUACUGGAAAUGAUUUAGAGUUAAAUGAUGAUGAUGACUCUUUAAAAGCGGUGGAUUUGCAAUCACUAAAAGUUAUCGAUGUAGUUGGUCCAUUAAAAACUGGUAAUUUAGUUGUAUUCCCACAAGAUCUUUUCCAUGAAGGUUCACCCGUAUUGGAUGGAAUUAAAUAUAUCAUGAGAACUGAUGUAAUGUUUGAAAAAAUUGCAGAUAUCAAUACCGAUCAACCAGUUGACCCUGAAGCUGAAGCUGAAAGAUUAUUAGUUAUGGCUGAAGAAUUAGAAAGAUCUGGUUCCACUGAUGAAAGUAUUAAAAUGUAUAAGAAAGCAUUUUCUUUAUCAAAAAAUUUAGCUUCAAAAUAUGGUUUUUAA